AACAGUGCAGACUGUCUCACUUCACUUCAGCGAAAUCACAUCAUCCGCAGCUUUACGCACUGAUACGCAAUGUGGGGUUCACGUCUGCUGCUCCUCCUGGUCACACUGUGGCAUCAGUCCCACGGCCAGGACUCUCAGCCAAUGCUCCAGGUCGUCACACAGACGAUGCUUCCUCCUGACAGUGUGCACAAUCCCACACAGCUCAACUAUGGGAUGGCUGUGACAGAUGUGGAUGGGGACGGUGAUCUGGAAGUGGUGGUGGCUGGGUACAAUGGGCCCAACUUGGUGCUGAAGUACGACCGCGCUCAAAACAGGCUGGUUAAUAUUGCUAUUGAUGACAGUAGCUCUCCGUACCAUGCACUGAGGGACCGGGCAGGGAAUGCUAUUGGAGUUACUGCCUGUGAUGUGGACGGAGAUGGACGUGAGGAGAUCUAUUUCCUCAAUACCAACAAUGCCUACUCUGGACGGGCAACAUACACAGACAAGCUCUUCAAGUUUCGUAAUGGUCGCUUUGAGGAUCUGCUCAGUGACGAGCUCAACGUGCGUCGUGGCGUCGCUAAUCGCAUGGCGGGACGUUCAGUUGCAUGUGUCGACAGAAAGGGAACAGGUCGCUACUCGAUCUACGUGGCCAACUAUGCUAGCGGCAACGUCGGCCCUCACGCUCUUUUAGAAAUGGAUGAAGCCGCAAGCAACGUCGCAGAAGGCAUCAUCGCUCUGUCUGACGUCGCUGCUGAGGCCGGAGUCAACAGGUUCACAGGGGGUCGCGGUGUGGUGGUCGGACCGAUCCUGAGCCAGUCAAGGUCUGAUGUGUUUUGCGACAAUGAAAACGGACCCAACUUUCUGUUCAAGAACAAUGGAGAUGGGACAUUUGUUGACAUGGCCCGUAAGGCAGGUGUGGAGGACCGAUACCAACAUGGCAGAGGAGUGGCGCUAGCUGACUUCAACGGCGAUGGAAAGACAGACAUUGUCUAUGGCAACUGGAACGGUCCACACAGACUUUACCUGCAGAGCAGCGACUCUAAGUUCCGGAAUAUUGCUACCGAAAGAUUUGCGUCACCAUCACCUAUUCGCACCGUCAUCGCUGCCGACUUCGACAAUGACAAGGAGCUGGAGGUGUUCUUUAACAACAUUGCCUACAGAGGCGUCUCCCCUAACAGGCUCUUCAGGGUGUCAAGACGAGCUAAUGCAGACCCUUUGAUCCAGGAGCUUAAUGUGGGAGACGCUGCAGAGCCACAGGGGAGAGGAACAGGUGGCACUGUGACAGACUUGGACGGCGACGGACAGCUGGACCUGCUGCUGGCACACGGAGAGAGCGCUCAGCAGCCAAUCUCUGUCUUCAAGGUCACACAGGGCUCAUCCAAUAACUGGCUGCGGGUGAUUCCUCGCACCCAGUUUGGCGCUUUUGCUCGAGGUGCCAAGGUAACGGCCUUCACCAAUCAGAGUGGAGCUCAAACACGCAUCAUUGAUGGAGGCUCUGGUUACCUGUGUGAGAUGGAGCCAGUCGCCCACUUUGGUUUAGGUACCGACCAGGUGAAGGUGCUGGAGGUCUCCUGGCCAGACGGCACAACCAUCACUCGAACUCUUCAGGCCGGUGAAAUGAACUCGGUGGUGGAAGUCUCCUAUCCAAAAGAAGGGGAAAUGUCUGUGCUUGCCAAUGACACGCAGUGUGGAAAUGGCUUCACCGUUAAGAAUGGCCGCUGUGCAGGUCUGUGAGGAUGAAAUGCAAUAAAGAAGUGCUGUGUUUGUGAGCGAUAUUGUUACAGAGAACAUGGUUUUAAUAAUCUUUUCUUUUUGUCUUUGUUUUAAGAAAGGAGCCUUGUUUUCUUUACUCUAUGAGUAGUUUGAUUAUUUGUAUUUUUAGUUUUUUAGUGCAUUUCUUUUGUAUUUUACUCAAACAUUUCAUUUCUACUGCUGUACUUUGAUUAAAUAAACUGCAUCACAUCAAUCA